CAUUGAGUAAAUUUGACCCCCAAAACAUACGCCAAGACAAACGCGCCAAGUAGAAUGCUUCGAGUCUUCCAUGAAAACGACACCCCAUUGGCCUCUGAUUUUCCAAGCAAUCAACGUCUCCUUUCUUUCGAGGCUUGUUCAAAAACUCUCACUUGAACUGAAAAUUCUUGGCCACCCUCUGUUCGGUUAUGGUCCAUUCCUUGCUCAAUGGCUUCUCCUCACAGAAAGCUUUUUAGGCUUUUGCACCCGCAGGAUCCCCCCCCUAAACCUCCUCCUCAAGAUGAUCCUUGGCCGCCGCCGCCGCCGCGCCGCAGCCGCUAGGACGAUAUCCCCGGAGACCAAAACCAAUGAUAAUUGUUUCCCAGAUAGCAAAACCAUCAUUUGGUAUGCCCUUGGCUCUGUUCUCUUGACAGGGAUCGUCUGUUGGAUCCUAGUGAAGUACUACCGGAAGCGGAACAGCUCGAUGAGGAGAAGAACAGACGCACCGAUUCUUUUUCAUACGCAGGAAGAUUUCUUGGAUGAAGACCAGGGGCCGCCCCUAGAGCACCCGAUAUGGUUCAUCCGCACGGUCGGCCUCGAUCAGUCCGUCAUCGAUUCCAUUACGGCUUUCGAGUACGGGAAGGGUGAAGGGCUGAUCGAAGGGACGGAGUGCUCCAUUUGUCUCGGUGAGUUCGAAGAUGGCGAGAAUCUCCGGCUUUUGCCCAAGUGUAGCCAUGCAUUUCAUGUCCCUUGCAUUGAUACUUGGUUGAGGUCUCAUAAGAAUUGUCCUCUAUGUCGUGCGCCGAUAGUCAGAGAUGCUAGGAAUGGCCGCAUUAGUGCGGAUGUGGAACAGCCUGGACUGAACAAUUUAGGCUCCAGGGAAGAGAAUUCGAUGAUUGAGAGUCAUAGUAAUAGUGAAAACACUCGAGCAAGAGUUGAAAGCAGUGAAAGCGAGGGCCAAGAUGAUGGAGUUAGCACAUCGCAUAUGGAAGACGGAAUGAUUUGCGAUAAUGUAAACAAGGUUCCGAGUUUUUGCAGUGGAGAGAGCUAUGAAGUCCCUGUUCCAAGUUAUCUGGGUAGUGAAGGACGUAGAAGGGUCACGGAUCCAGAGACUGAACCAACAAGACGGUCAUUUUCCGCGGAUAUUACCAAUUCUUCUGCAGAAGGCAUACUAAAAACUCGGGUGAAACAAACAAAGGAAGGACAGAGAAGGGUCACUGAUACAGAUACUGAACCGACGAGACGAUCAUUAUCGGCUGAUAUUACCAUUUCCGCUGCUGAAGGCAUACUGAAAACUAGGGCAAAACAAACAAAGAGUUCGAAUGUUAAAGUCGCUGCCAGGCAAGAUGGUGAAUGUUCUAGAGUGCGCAGAGCAAUGAAAUUUUCUUCUUUCGGGCAGUCACAACAGAAGGGACCUGUUCCGAUGAACCGGUCACUUUCUUCAGGGGGAAAAGUAUGGCCAUCCGGACAGACCAGAAACCAGAAUCCGGCAAAUUCAUUUUAAUCAGGAGGCUUCCCUAAUAGCCGGUCUUUCGAUGCAUUGAUGUAUUUUUAGCGCAAUAGAGAGAUACUCCAGGCAUUUGCCUUGUAAGAGUUUAUCGUUGGUUAUAAGUUCAUGUCCACACUCUGAAAAUGUUACGCCUAAGUCUGCUAUAAUGGAUACAUAUUGGAGUUUAUUAUAUAAUUUUUAAGUGUUUUUGUGCGCGAUA